AUGUCUGAAAACAUCCCCGAAUCCAUUCCCACUUCCGCAGACCCACGUUCUAAGCGCCCCCUCAAACGUCGUGCAAUUUCCCCUCGUUCAGAAACUGCCUCUCAAAUUCACAAGUUGAUGUCCGCACCCGAACGCAAAAUCUCCGAGACGGCGGCUCCAGUGGUGAAGGUAUCGGGAACCGUCCCUGAAAUAGUGCAGAAUGUGCAAGGAAGUUCUGCAGGAGCUGGAUCGGGGGAGUUCCAUGUGUACAAGGCGAGUCGAAGAAGGGAAUAUGAGAGAUUGAAGGGGAUGGAUGAGGAGGUUAGAAGAGAAACGGAGGCGGAGGAAUGGGAGAGGGAAAAGAGGGAGAGGGAGGAGAAGGAUGCAGAGAAGACGAGGAAGGCUAGAGAGAAGAGGGAAAGGAAAAGACAGAAGAAAGGCGACAAGAGUGACACUUCUGGUGCUGGUGGUGCUGGUGGUGCUGGGGCACAGGCAGGGAAGAUCAAGCCUAGGAUUGAUGCGAAUGUCAGAGUAGAUGAUAAAAAUGAGGACGCUGGAAUAGAAGUUGUUGGGGAAGGGCAAGCACAAGUCGGCGUCAUCAUCCACGACGAUGAUUGA